AGAUUUGAGGCGGUAGAACUGAGUGACGGAGAGAGAGGAGGAGACAGAAUACAGGUGGAGAGGGAGAGAUAAAGGGAGAAGCAAGAAGACAAAAGACUACGGGGAUGAAAUACUUGUGAGAAUAUUUCACAUUUGCUUGGUGGGUUAACAGAGAUCAAAUCUAAAUCUCCUUUAUCUCCAAAUUUUGACACUCCGCAAGCUGGGCCCUCGAGAGGUUCUCUGAUCUGCCAACUUUGUUCUCCCGGCUACGAGGAUGCGGCGGACGUGGCUCUGGCUGCUGUCGGGCCUUUUUCUCCACCUGGUUCUCUUUUGCGGCGCAGAGGAAGGUCUGGAGUUUCCCAACUUUGAUGGCAGGGACAGGGUGCUGGACGUCAGCGAGCGCAACUACAAGAAAGCUCUGAAGCGAUACGACCUGCUGUGCCUGUUCUACCACGAGCCGCUGCCCGCCAGCAAGGGCCUGCAGAAGCGGUUCCAGAUGACGGAGCUGGUGCUGGAGCUCACAGCUCAGGUCCUGGAGAACAGAGGCAUCGGUUUUGGGAUGGUGGACUCCCAGAAGGAUGCCAAAGUAGCCAGAAAACUGGGUCUGGAGGAGGUGGGCAGCUUGUAUGUCUUCAAGGACGACCGAGUCAUUGAGUUUGAUGGGGAGCUCUCAGCAGACACACUUGUGGAGUUCCUGUUGGAUGUGCUGGAGGACCCGGUGGAGAUGCUCAACACCGCCAUGGAGCUCCGAGCCUUUGAGAGGAUGGAGGAGGACAUCCGCCUCAUUGGCUACUUCAAGGGAGAAGAUUCUUACUACAAAGCUUUUCAGGAGGCCUCGGAGCGUUUUCAACCUUACAUCAAGUUCUUUGCAACAUUUGAUAAAUCUGUAGCCAAGCAUCUCUCCCUCAAAAUGAAUGAGGUGAAUUUCUACGAGCCGUUCAUGGAGGAGCCGGCCAUCCUGCCCGGCAGACCUCUGUCGGAGAUGGACAUCGUCGAGUUCGUCAACCAGCACAGAAGGGCUACCUUGAGGAAGCUCCGGGCGGAAAAUAUGUUUGAAACCUGGGAGGACGACAUGGACGGAAUUCACAUUGUGGCAUUUGCAGAGGAGGAAGAUCCAGAUGGCUAUGAGUUCCUGGAGAUCCUGAAAGACGUGGCAAGAGACAACACCAACAACCCGGAGCUCAGCAUCGUGUGGAUCGACCCCGACGACUUCCCUCUGCUGACAACCUACUGGGAAAAAACCUUCAAGUUGGACCUGUUCAGACCUCAGAUAGGUGUGGUGAACGUCACAGAUGCCGACAGCGUGUGGCUGGACAUGUCCAACGACGAGGACCUGCCCACCCCCGAGGAGCUGGAGGACUGGAUUGAGGACGUCCUGUCGGGAAGGGUGAACACGGAGGACGACGAUGAGCCCGCAGACGACCAAGAGGACCUCGACGGCUACGCCCCGGAGGACAGCAGCGAGAGUCACGACCCGGACGAGGAGGAUGGAGACGACUAACCCGAAGGCGAGGGGCAGAAGUUCAAACCUGGGUCGGAAGACUGAACUCGUUGGGCACAUUACAACCACAUUGCUUAAAAGUUCAACCAAAUAAUUCAAAUGAAGCGAAACUAAAAGGCAACAUAUGGCUAAAUAGUAGAUAAAACAGACCUGGCGGAAGGUCGAUUCAUAGAUUCUGGCCCUUUGGGGACAAAAUGUCAUCCAGCAGACGAGAAGCACCAUUAGCUUGUGUCGUCAAAUGAUAAAUGCUAGUUGAACUUCCGCCCUGCCGCUAGCUCUGUUUAGGUCCCCCACCCAAAACAGAGUUAUAUUCUCUGGCUCUUAAGUUUCUAAAUGCUACACAAUGUCAGCUAGAUAAAUGCUACACAAUGUCAGCUUGCUAAAUGCUGCACAAUGUUAGCCAGCUGCUAUUCUCGCCCCACUGCUGCUUGCUGCUAGGCUGAACGUAAUAGUAUUACAUUUUCAUUAAGAAGGCUCCUAACCGAGUGAAACAAAAACGUGGAAUCCUCUAAAUGCUAUCAAAAGGUACUGUAAUAAAGGAAGCUACAUGGUCUCUUCCAGUCCUCAUGAAUUCUUCUUCACAUCUUUGCUUGACCUCAUGAGUUUUUUUCAGACAGAUAUCGAUCCCAUUUCCUCUGUUAACACAAUAUAUUGAUUGUAGCAGCUUUUAGGUUGACGUAAAUGAUGUGUGACAAUAAAUAACAACCAUUUUUUGUGAAAUACAGUAUAAAUUGUUUUUUGGGGGAUUUAUUCAGGCCUUAAUAAAAGUAAACAACAGCUAUGUGAACUUUAA